GUAUAAGUAAAUCAUGAAUAGUAAACAAUCGGGAGAAGCGCAAUCAAUAGCUAUAUAGUUGUACAAAAGAACUUGGCUAUGGGUGCGCGAUUCUAGUCAGUUGUGUAUGAUAACCGCGAGUUCGUGCAGAGUCGGGAACAAUACUAACAUUUACAACCUUCCAACACGAUGAUUUCGUGGAUGUUCAAUUGUCUGUUUGAUUCGUUUACUCUGAUAUGCACUACAGUGAUCGGUUUACUGUUUUAUUAUUAUUCGACGUCCACGUACGACAAAUGGAGGAAAUCGAACGUGCCGCAUACGAAACCGGUACCGUUGUUCGGUAACUCAUUCAGAACGACGCUGAGGCUUGAAAGUAUUAACGAUACGUUCGAUAAAAUUUACAAACAAUUUCCGGAUGAAAAAUUUUGUGGGUUUUACCAGAUGAGGACGCCGACUCUGAUGAUUCGAGAUCCGGAACUCAUAAUGAAACUGCUCAUCAAAGACUUUUCGCACUUCACAGACCACGAGUUACCAAUAGACCCAUCUGUAAACAUUUUGGCGAGCAGUUUGUUCUUUACAAACGGCCAGAAAUGGAAGAUCAUGAGACAAAAGAUGAGCCCGGGAUUUACUUCCGGUAAACUCAAGCUGAUGUACAGUCAGAUUAAAGAAUGUAGCAAAGAGAUGAUUAACUAUAUCGAAAGGAAAUCAAAGACAACUGAUGAGUUAGAUGUGUGCGAUAUUAUGAAUAGAUACACCACUGAUAUAGUUGGGACUUGUGCGUUCGGUUUGAAAUUAAAUAGCAUGACAGACGAAGACAACGAAUUUCGCAAAUAUUCAAAAUUGAUAUUUAAAACAACGUUUAGGGCAAUUUUCGCCAACAUGUUGACAUUGAUUUCACCAAAAAUCUCGAAUAUUUUAAAAAUAAAAACCGGCUCACCAGAAGUUAUGGAAUAUUUUACUUCAUCAUUUCAAAGUGUAAUCGAGUACAGAGAAAAGAACAAUAUAGUUAGGAACGAUGUGGCACAAACACUAAUGGAUUUUAGGAAAGAAUUCGUCCUAAACAAUACCAAUUCUGAAGAGAAAUUUACUGAAAUGGAUAUUAUUUCAAACUUAUUCUUAAUGUUUAUUGGUGGCUCAGAGCCGGUAUCCGAUACGUUGGGUUUUUCUUUACACGAGUUAGCGAUGAACAAAUAUGUACAAGACAAAUUGCGUAAACAUAUUAAGGAGAAGAGAGAAAAACACGGUGGUGAAUUUACCAACGGUUAUUUGAUGGAUCUCCAUUACGCCGACAUGGUUUUAUCAGAAACAUUGCGCAAAUACAACGGGUCAAUUACCUUAUUAAGAAUAGCUACUAAGACAUACCAUGUACCGGACUCGACAUUAGUUAUCGAAAAAGGCCAAAAAAUAAUAAUACCGACUUACAGCAUUCAUCGUGAUCCAAAAUAUUAUACUAAUCCUGAUGUUUUUGAUCCGGAAAGGUAUUCUCUAGAAGAAAAAUUAAAACGACCUAGUGGCAGUGAUUUAUUGUUUGGGGAUGGACCUCGUUUUUGUAUAGGUAAACGUUUGGCUGAAUUGGAAGUGAAAUUAGGUCUGUCAGAAAUAAUUUCGAAAUUUGAGGUUUUACCGUGUGAAAAAACUGAAAAUCCCAUUCAAUUGGUAAAUUCUGAAGGUCUUAGUAGACCAAAGAAUGGAAUUUGGUUGAAUCUGAAACCGAUCGUAGUUUAAUUGUUAGUCAAUGACUGUGAAUAGUGCGGCGAAUAUGUUUUUGUUAGUUUGUUAUAUUUGAGCGAUUUAACUUUAAUUUGUUAGUAUUUUAUAAGAAAUGUUGAUUUUAUGUUUAUAUUACAUCUGAACGUUAAUGUGAAUAUUUUUAAAUAUUCAUAUGGGAUUAAUAUAUUAUUUGUAUAACUUAAUUUCUAAUUUCCAUGUGAAGUAUAAGUUUAUACUUACCACAUUAUUAUGCACAAAUCAACUAUAUUUAGCCAUUUUAUGACAUUGCCAAUGGUUUGAUAAGACUUUAACUUACAAUUUAAUCAAAAUAUCGAUGUACAUAUUUUAUUCUUUUAACCUUCUUGUUUAUUUUUUCCCUGAUAAUCAUUAGAUAUUAUUAAUUUAUAAAUUGGUCUUGAUUUUAUAUACGUCAUCAGCUGAAAGAUUCAAAGCAUUUAUUUUGUAAGGCGCUAAUCUCCAACGUUAUAUUAUUGUAAUUAUUGUUGCGACGCAUAGCGUGUGUCGUGUAUUAUUAUUAUUAUUCUAAAAAAUAUAGGAAGGGUAGCAGCUAGCUAGCCGAGCACCGUCA